UCUUGUAUGAGAACAAGUGGAAAUCAGCAUCUGGUUCCCGUACAUUAUUACGACAUUCAUCUGUGGGAGGAUCUAUUCGACUUCCCUGUGCUGUCGCUUUCGGUUGUAGCAUAAUACCAGCUGUACGUGCGCAACGGUUUCACCUCGACCUGAACCGACACUAGUGCUGACUGACUGACUGACAGCGACCCCGCGAGCCGCUGCAGUCACUGGAGACCCAGCCAUGAGUGUCAGCUCAACACGGAGCAGCGGGGAAGAAAUCGACGAGCUGGAGUCCGUUUGCUGGUAUCAUUAUGAUUUGUCCCGGCACACCGCUGAAGCUCUUCUCCUUUCGAAUGGGGUAGAUGGGAGUUUUUUACUCAGAAACAGCAACAAAGGAUCUGACUGCUAUGCUUUGUCUGUCCGAGCAAAGGAUUCAGUGAAACACUUUCAUGUCCGGCAGCAGUUUGGCAAAUAUUCCUUUGGCUUCAAUGAAUUUCCUUCCCUUCAGGAUUUUUGCAGUCACCUUGCCAAUCAGCCCUUGCUAGGCAGCGAGACAGGAAACCUGAUAGUGCUGCGGUUCCCAUACCCACGGCAGGUGGAAGAGCCAUCCAUUUAUGAGACGGUGUGUGUGCAUACGGUCAUGCAGACAGGCCGGCAUGAAAACGACCUAGUGCCUAAUGCUCCAGCACUUGGCACUAAAGAAGGCUAUCUGGUUAAACAAGGAGCGAUAAUCAAGAACUGGAAGCAGAGAUGGUUCACACUGAAUAGAAAUGAACUUAAAUAUUUCAAGGAUAAAAUGUUUGUAGAGCCAAUACGAACCCUGGAUCUGACGGAGUGCUCUGCUGUCCAGUUUGAUUACAGUCAGGAGAGGGUCAACUGCUUCUGUCUGGUGCUCCCCGAGAGGACAUUUUAUUUCUGUGCAAAAUCUGGUGCUGAGGCAGAUGAAUGGAUUAAGAUACUACGAUGGAAACUGUCACAGAUAAAGAAAGGACGAUGAUGUUCAACUCGGAGAGAAGUACUGGAGCAAAUGCAAGCUGUGUGCAGUUUUGUAUUAGUAAAUACAGAGGAUUUAUUCACUGCAUCUGAUGCUCUGUGAUCUUGGCAUCAUGGUUGUACAGCUCAUCACACAUAAGAUGCCUUCUGGGCAAUAAAUCACAUCUAAGUGAAGUGAAGUCCCAAGGCACCGUGCUAUUGUGCUUUAUAAAGAUAUCUGGAGGCUGUGCACUACCAAUGUUGCGAUUAUAAUUGACAAUAGGUGUUUUUUUCCGAUAUUGUGUUCUGUGUUGAGCUUUCAGUUCUUCUUAUUCUUCUCCAACCCAAGCUAAACAGUGUGUCUGCUCUUAAAUGUAUACAUCCCCCCCUUAUAUACAUGUUUGCAACUGAGGUAAAGAUAUAAUUAAUUUUAUUAGUUGAAACCUUUGGAUGCAAUAUACUUCCUAUAUACUUGUUCAUCAUGAUAAGCUUCAUAAAUAAACACAUCUUACGAAUUUUAAAUCUUAAAUACAAUCACCAUAAAUAAAAAACUAAACGUAGCCUAUAAACAAACAUCACCACUACUAAGCUUCUAAGUCUGACAACUCAUUUGGUCUUUAGUUGAAAAAUAUUUUCCUUUAAAGUUAGAAUGGUUUUCAGGAGCGGGAUUAUGUACAAGAAGACAAGGCUGUGAAAGUGGAUUAGAUGAGUUUACCUGUUUGGCUUAAUUACUUUUAAUGUCCCCAACAACCUCUGUAGACCCAUUUAGCCGUUUGUUGUAGAACAAGACAUGAAACAAUCCUGAGCUUGUGUUAACUACAAACACUAUUUCAGGCAUUUAACCAAAAACCCCAUUCAA